UCAUCGUCGGACGUGUCUCGCCUGCAGCUCCAGCCUCGUCACCAAACUCCCUCCUGAGGUGUUCAGUCCUGCACUGGAAAGUCGGCAUUAGGCAUCAUCGUCGGUCACGCUGCUAUCAGAGCUGCUGUCAGUGUUAUGACUGCGACACGCAACAGCGAUGUGAGGGCUACCCUCGGUCUCCUCACCCUCAUCUGUACGCUGGGCGGGACAGCAGUGGCUGAUGUAGCGCCUUUCUCGCCCGACUGUACCGACUCCGGUGCUGCGGUGGCCAGCUCUCCCUUCACCGCCACCUUCUGCCGCAUCACCGACGCCCAGUGCCUCGAACUCUGCGCCGGACAGGCGGCCCUUACCUACACCCUCGACGUCGCUACUUACACCUGCACCUGUUCCAACGACACGGCAGCUGCAGAUGCAUCUGGCACUCCGAGCACUGGAAAGUCAACUGCUGAUGUGAAGGCGUCGGCUGGAUGCGAGGAUGUGUACAUCAAUAAGAAGCUCUUCGUGCAGGCGCCAUACCUAACCCAGCACGGCUACCUCAUCUGCGACAUAGAAGGUGUCGGUUUGUGUCGCGGCAACCUAAUCCACGGCGCAUCGGGCCACCUGCACCCCGACAUGAUCGCACAGAAUUCAACGAUGCUCAACGAACUCUCACCUUUCCUCGACCCUUCUGUCCAUCCCUAUUUCAAGGCAGACAAUCCUUUCACAAUACGCUUCAACCACUCUAUACUCGUGCGAUACAUCGACGUAUGGAGGCAGGACGAGUCUAACUACGUCUCCUCCUUGCUGGUCAACUACAACUAUGACAACAACAUCGUACAAUACUACAAUAACAUCAGCAAAUACGCAUACUCGUCCAAGCCCAGCGAUAGCAGCGCGCCUGAAGCCAUACCCGUUGCUUUCGGGAACGCGAGCUACGUAAGAAUUCCAGUGCGCAGAUUUGUUGCGCAGGCCAUCACCAUAACCGCCACCGGUGUGGGUAAUCCCUUGCUGAAGAUGGAGCUGAUCGGGUGCCGCUACGACGAGCAGAUGGAGAGCAACCGCGUGGCGUACAACACCUACGGCUGCUACCUCUUCAGCACCGCGCAGGUCUUCCAGGAGCCCAUGACGAAGACCACGUCUGCCACCGCUGCUUACACCUCGGGGGAACACGUCUAUACUGACGCCAUCACGAUCACUGAAGAGCUUUACUACGGACCAAAGAUAGCGUCUCUGCCGCUGGGCCGGGCGCCGGACCCAGCCUCGUGCUCCACCGUCAGCCCGCCGACCUGCGCCACGCAGGAAGCGAUUAUUAUGGGCAACAAUGGGACCAUCAACUGCCAGCCGGCGUCAGUGGCAGCGACCAUGGCAAGCAACUACUCGGUGGUGCGACAGAAUCCUGGCGUCUACAGCAACGCCUCUGAGUGCGAGAAGGCGGCUCUUCGAUCCUUCGGGGUCCUGAAACGCGUCAUCGAAGGCAGCCAUCACUCUACGUGUCCCAACCAAACCCUGGAGCUCUACAGGAAGCUCGUCUCGUACCACAAUGAGUCCUAUUACCUCUGCGUCUCGUUAAUUUGCUCCGGGACAACGAACCUCGUGACGUCCGCAGACCCGACUUCCUCAGCAGACACAACUUCCACAGACACAACUUCUGCAAAAACCACCACUUCUGCAGGCACGACAACUUCAGCCGACACGACAACGUCAGCCGACACGACGACUUCCGCCGACACGACAACUUCAGCCGACACGACAACUUCAGCCGACACGACAACUUCAGCCGACACGACAACUUCAGCCGACACGACAACUUCAGCCGACACGACGACUUCCGCCGACACAACUUCCGCCCAUACGACGACUUCCGCCGACAUGGCAACUUCCGUCGACACAACUUCAGCCGACACGACCACUUCCGCCGACACCACCACUUCCGCCGACACGACCACAUCUGCUAGGGCCACCACGUCCCUAAAUACGACCGCGGCUCCAGACCUGAAUCCGACAGAUACAUCUUCAGGCCGUAAACGUAAGCGUUCUGUGACCGAUAGCAGCGGGAAUCUAAUCGAUUCUGUUACCAACCCACCAGCCUUCGACUCUAAUUCUACGUCAACCGAUCUUGCAUCAACAAAUUCUACAUCAACUUACCCUUCACCAACAAAUUUUGCACCGACUGAUCCUACAUCAACAACGUCAACUACAGCUACGACGCCUGCACCGACUGAUACUACAUCAACAAACUCUACAUCAACCUAUCCUCCACCGACAAAUCCUGCACCGACUGAUCCUGCAUCAACAACAUCAACUACAUCUACGACGCCUGCACCGACUGAUCCUACAUCAACAACAUCAACUACAUCUACGACGCUUGCACCCGACACUACGCCAGUAACAUCCAGUGUAGCAGCAGGGAACGCCUCCAGCAACUGCACGCCGGUGGUCAAAGUCCCGCCGCUGAGCAGCCCUCCUGCCCCGGAGUCAUCUCGCUGUGUCCCCGGCCCCCCCGCUGCUCUGUAUGCACUGCAGCUGCGGUUGCCUUUGCUCGACGAGCCGCUGUGUAAUUCUAGUACAAUCAUCGGACGCAUCAACGCCAUAGAUGCCACUACUAUUGGGAUCAUUUCUGAAGUGUAUCCCAGCACGACGGGGCCAGGUCGUGCCGUGGGUACAGAGGACCGCAUCAGCUGCAAGUGCCCACACAUCACCGCCCUGAACGCGUCCAACGCUGAGCCGCUGGUCUGUCAGCCUGACUUCUCCUACUACCCCAACACCUUCCAUGGCUGCGUCUUUGUGAACUGCAGCUCCUCGGUGCCAAGUGCUGCUCCCACCAACGGCACCAGGGAGUGGGAUGGCUCCGUUCGGCACGACAGCUCCAUGAAGUUCACUUGUCCUGCUGAUCACUUUUUUCAGGCUUCCACGUACCCGGCCACCCUCUCUAGCGGGUGCGGCUGCGACAUGCGCUGGACGUACGAGUCACCCAGUACAGACCGUCCGCUGCCGCCGUGCGUGUUGAUGUGCAAAGUCCCGGACCAGACGUUGGCACCUCAUUUACGUUACAACGGCCUGACGCAGCCUGACAUGGGGUACGGCGCGCCUGCUUCACCGUAUGCGCUGCCCGGCGCUCAGGUCGGUCAUGUCAAGAGCCUGUCGCAGUCUAAUGAGCUGCACUAUCCUGCCUGUCGCUUCCUUGUGAGCUGCACGGUCACGGUGCUGCCGCAGUGUCAGGCUGGAGGCACCUGGAGUCUCAACAUCAGCGAUCCCGCGCCAUGCAUAAUCACAACCACAACUGAGGCAUCAACCACUUCCACUACCACUUCUCAACCUACCACUACCACAUCAACAUCCACCACCACUCCUCAACCUACCACGACCAUAACAUCCACCACCACUUCUCAACCUACCACAACCACCUCUCAACCAACCACAACCACAACAACAUCCACUGCCACAUCUCCAGCCGCCACAACCACAACAUCCACUACCACAUCUCAACCCACCACGACCACGGUCACAUCAACACCAACAAGUCAAGCUACUACUUCAACAUCAACUUCCACAACAACUCCUAUCACAACUCCCACCACAACCACUAUCGGCACAACCACCGCAACAACCACGGAUGCGACUACCACUGCAACUCUUACCACCACUACCACAGCGGCAAGUAACCCUGCGGCGACCACCUCCAUUGCUGGUGUCACGAGUGUGGUGUACCCAGGUAAACAUGGUAGAGUGUGGUGUACCCAGGUAAACAUGGUAGAGUGUGGUGUACCCAGGUAAACAUGGUAGAGUGUGGGGUACCCAGGUAAACAUGGUAGAGUCUGGUGUGCCCAGGUAAACAUGGUAGAGUCUGGUGUGCCCAGGUAAACAUGGUAGAGUUUGGUGUACCCAGGUAAACAUGGUAGAGUGUGGUGUACCCAGGUAAACAUGGUAGAGUGUGGU